UUUUAGGAUAUUGGAAAAUGAGGCUGAGGUUUUGGUAGUAGUAUCAUAGAGUAACGGUGAUGCUCAUUAUUGGUGAUCGAGUUGAAGUUGGUGGUGAUCGGGGGACGAUACGGUAUAUUGGUGCUGUUGAGGGAUAUGAUGGCGAAUGGAUUGGUAUUAAUUGGGACAAUUCCGAACGAGGAAAGCACGAUGGUUCCGUGAAAGGGAAGCGGUAUUUUCAAGCAAAUUCCGCGAGGAGUGGUUCAUUUGUUCGAUCCAGCGCGGUUAAUGCAGGGAAAAAUUUGCUCGAAGAAAUGAGUAGCAGAUAUAUCAAUUAUAUGCAAUGUGAUACGGUUGAAUUUGGUUCAAAAAGUGUGGAUCUUGUGGACAUGGCAAAAAUAUACAAAAAACAGAACAAUCUGUGGGAGUUACGAGUUAUUGUAUUAGAUAACAUGAAAGUUGCAAAAGCUCCACCAACCAGUUGUGCACUUUUCGUGUAUUGUACCGAACUUAACCUCUACAACAAUUUACUAUCACAGUGGUGUGAUUUGUUGGAUAUUCUCUGCUUCUUCCCGUCACUGCGCUUUCUUAUUGCAAGCCACAACUAUAUGGAGAAGGAAAUGAAAUCAGUCGUUGAUGAACGAAUAGUGUCAGCUCCAGUCAGUACUUUAGCACUUGGUGAAUGUCGUAUUGAUGAAAGCACGGCACAGCAGAUUAUGCAUUUUUUCCCGCAUGUACGAGAAAUUCAUUUGAAUCAAAACGAUUUGAAAUACUUUGAUCCAGGAAAAUAUGGUCAUACUUUGGAAAGCAUUGAUUUGGAAGGAAAUCCAAUCAGCGACUUUAGCAAUCUUCAUGUUUUGUCGACUUUACCGAACCUUCGAAAGCUCAAUUUGGUCAGUUGCGGUCUCCGUCACAUCUAUAUUCCAGAUGGCAUUGCAUUCAGUUCACUGUCUUCGCUCAACAUUAAAGGCAAUCCUAUAAAAGAUAAACAGUGGAUUUUGGAAUUGGCAAAACUCCCAAAACUAGAAAGACUAUGUUAUUCUUGUUCUGAUAAUGAUAAUGUUGAUUGCGGAAUUGACCUUCGCGAAAUCAUUAUUGCCAGCAUACCUCAGCUUAAAUUCUUGGGUAACUCGGAAAUAAGUUCUAUCGAAAGGCAUUCUGCAGAGAUGCAUUUUCUCAAUAAAUUCGGUGUAUCUCCGGUGAUGGAAGAGAAUCGUACUGUUGUGGAAAGAUUAAUCAAAGUACAUGGCGAGCCAAAUGAUCUUCCGCUCGUACCUUGUGGUGGAAUGAAUUUAUUGAAAUUAAAACUGUCGUAUGAUGGGAAAGUCGUGGAACGUUCACUUCCUGGAACAAUUACGGUACAAAAAUUAAUUGGUAUUGUAAGCAGACUUUUUCAUCUGGAUGCCAGAAAGAUCUCACUUCAAGCUUAUGACUAUCAAGGAUUUAUGAUGAAUUUGGAUAAACCAUUACGAUCGUUAGAUUUUUAUUCAUUGGCUAAUGAGGAUACUAUUUAUGCCAAGGUUGUGUGAUAUCCUCUUGUAUAAGUCUUUACUUGUUAAUUGCUUGUAUCAGUUCUAAUCUAAGGUUAUGAUCCUUUAUGUAACAGAGAGCUGCUUAUUUCUUGCAGCACAUUUGGCCAUUAAUAUCUUCUUUACAAGAAAGUUGAAAAAUGAGAUUUUCAGAUAGCCUGUUUAUAAAUUUAUGCUGGUGAAAUGUAAGAAUUCUCCAAAUAUGUCAUUGAAUAAUCGUGAUAGGAUUAAAUCUUUUGCAUUGUUGAAUAUCGUGAACCUUUAUACAUUAUUUUUGUUUUCACCAUGUCAAUAAUAAAGAUCG